AUGAUACUCAGAUGGGUGCUGGGAUGGGUGCUAAUAGGGACAAUGGUGAUGGCCAAGUAGGUGCUAAUAACAGAGAACCUUAUUUCUAGGAAAUAUACAGUAUUACGAGUUACUGUGAGUAACGAUACCCAGUUGAAAUUACUCUCAAAAUUGGUCGAAAAAUCUAACGAAGUAAGUGUUCAAAGUUGAGUACAAAUAAGUAUUGUUUUUUUACUUUGCAGUACAAUUUCUGGAAAGAAGCAAGAGCAAUUGGAGACAGGGCCGAUAUUAUGGUCAGGGAUGUAUUGAUUGAUGACUUUAUCCAUAAAAUGGAUACUUUUAACAUGACUCACUCAGUUAUCAUCGAGGACGUCGAAAAGUGAGUGAUCUCCCUUUUUCUCAAUCACUCACUUUGUCAUGAAAAUUUGAUGACAACAAAGAACUUUAGAUUAAUUAAGAAACAAUUUAACGAAACUUCUCCGAGGAGGAGGGAGCGGGAGCGAGUACAAUAUGAUCCAUCGUUCCGACGGGUAAAUUUCAAUCUGGCCAAAUACCAUUCAUUCGGGGACAUGAUCAAUUAUCUCAACUCCUUGGCCAUCAACUACCCCCACCUUGUAAGAGUACAACCCAUUGGGACUACCCAUGAGGGACGGCAGAUCGCGUUGAUCAAGAUCGGUGCCUCUAAAAGCAAUGUUCAGAAGCCCGGCAUCUGGAUUGACGGGGGAAUCCAUGCACGCGAAUGGGUCUCCCCUGCCGCCGUCUUGUACUUUAUUGAUCAGGUAUGGACGGGCAAAAUCAUUUUUUGAAAAUCAUUUGCAGCUGGUCACUUCUUAUGAAGAAAGUGCGCAGAUCAGACAGCUUGUUGAUAACCUUGAUUGGUAUAUAGUCCCUUUAUUAAACCCAGACGGAUAUGAGUACAGCAGAAGCAGUUUCGAUCCCGAGAUCAGACUUUGGAGAAAGAACCGAUCACCCACGCAGUGCACAACGCAAAGCACUGGCAAGGCAAAAUGUAUUCUAAUCGGAAUUCCGAGAUUCGAUUUCAGGAGUUUUCUCACUCCCCCGUACCCAAUGUUGCCAAGGAGUAGACCUGAAUAGAAACUUUGACUGGUUCUUCGGCCAAGUCGGCUCUUCGACCGAUCCUUGUUCAGAGAUAUAUGCGGUAGGUUAUAAUAAUAUUUCACCUAUUAUUAUUGCUUUGCAGGGUCGCUUUGCGUUUAGUGAGCCGGAAACACGAGCAGUCCGAGAUUUUGUGGCCGGUCUUAACGGCCAAAUCAAGACUUUUAUGACUUUCCACAGUUACUCGCAGAUCUUAAUGUAUCCAUUUGGUCAUGCCCUCAGGACGUAUCCCAAUGAUGUCGACGAUCUCAGCACGACCGCAUUAAAGGCGGCGCAAGCCCUGCAGUCUCAAUACGGGAUAAAAUAUACAGUAGGAACUGGAGCGGACACUUUGUGUAAGUUGUUCAGAACGACCAACGAACGGUUCUUUAGACCCGGCUUCUGGCGGAUCCGAAGAUUGGGCCAAGGGUCGGAUGGGUGUCAAAUACUCGUUCUUGUUCGAGUUAAGGCCCGAUGACAGUGUCGCCGAGGGUUUUCUGUUGGCCGAAAGAGAGGUAAUUGUAAUCUUUUUACUCUCCAAAUUGAUUCACAGAUCAUCCCUACAGCACGUGAGACUUGGGAAGCUGUGAAAGUGAUCGCCUUGGACACGAUCGGGUACUCUUCCCCUGGGACAAGAGCUGUCCAGAAGAGAGAAUGUCUCGAUUUUGACAACUUCUGUCCUUAUUGGGCGGAGAACGGCGCUUGUGGGGCCUGGCCCAGCAUGAAAGACCGCUGUGCCAAGAGCUGCAAUUUAUGUUAA